AUAAGUGAACCUAAAGAUGUCUAUAGUUUCGAAGAAGGAGUUAUUCUCUCUUUCGCUUGCAUUAUAUUUGCUAACAGUGCCUGUAUUGUCUGCAGAGGAAAAUCGGACCUUUCCAGGCGCAAUUUUGACAAAGUUUAACUCUAGAUUAAAAGGAUUUACCUUUAAGUCCUGGGAAACUCCCAGUCAAAUUUUCUGCAGUCAAUCUUGCCUCUCAAGUUCAAGAUGUCAUUCGAUAAACUUUAAAGAGAUAUCAUCACUUCAACGCCGUGGCUUAUGCGAGCUGAACGAUGAGCAUUUGAUGGAUUCUAUGGGUAUAGAGAACAAUCUGAUACACGAGGAGGGAUUUGUCUUUUCCCGUUUUCCUAAAGAUAAUAAGGAUGAUUGUCAAUGGCGAAGUUGUCAAAAUAAUGGCGUCUGUGUAUUCAUUAAGCAACAUUAUGCAUGCUCUUGUGAUGUACCAUGGACGGGGAGCUUUUGUGAAACAAAGAUUGUCUGGUACAAUUUUACAUCGCUGGGUGCGAACGGAAGAAAUGGCCCUGACAGCAACGCCGGUUAUAAAGGAACUGGACUCAGGGACGUGCAAGUGUCCCGAAAGGAGACGUACUCCUGUUCUAACUGA